CUACCUCACUAUGUCUCUUUCUGUCUCUCUUCUCUCUAGGCCUCAUCCUUCUGUAAUACACAUCUUUCACAUCCUCUCAGCAGAGAGGAAGUACAGAUGGGUGGAGAGGAGAGGUGGGGUGGGGGGUUGGACAGCCUACAAGCCACUAGAGUUUAGUAAUCGACACGUUGAGAUGGAACGCCACUGUGUUCUACUCUUGCUGUUGAGUACACUGGUAUACUGUAGCCUCGGACAAGGUGGAGAUCUCUCUCUUCCAGCCUCUCUGAGUGUCAGUCCUGACAGAUCUCAGUUCUUUGAAUAUGAGUCUGUCUCUCUGAGCUGUGAGGUUCAGGGGAACUCUGCUAGAUGGAGAGUGGUGAGGAACACAGAGAGAGGAAUCCUUUCAGAGUGUAAUACUGACUGGGGAAAACAACAAGGGUCUUCAUGCAUCGUGUCACUAAUACCAUCAGACAGUGGAGUGUACUGGUGUGUGUCUGGGUCUGGAGAACACAGCAAUGCUGUCAACAUCACAGUACAUGAUCUCUCUGUUCCAGCCUCUCUGAGUGUCAGUCCUGACAGAUCUCAGUUCUUUGAAUAUGAGUCUGUCUCUCUGAGCUGUGAGGUUCAGGGGAACUCUACUGGAUGGAGAGUGGUGAGGAACACAUCGAGAGGAAUCCUUUCAGAGUGUAAUACUGACUGGGGAAAACAACAAGGGUCUUCAUGCAUCAUGUCACUAAUAACAUCAGACAGUGGAGUGUACUGGUGUGUGUCUGGGUCUGGAGAACACAGCAAUGCUGUCAACAUCACAGUACAUGCUGGAGCUGUGAUCCUGGAGAGCCCUGCCCUUCCUGUGACUGGGGGAGAUUCUGUGACUCUGCGCUGCAGAUAUCAGGGAACUUCCUCUAACCUCACAGCUGUUUUCUACAAAGAUGGAUCCCUCAUCAGGACUGAGACUACAGGAGAGAUGACCAUCCCUGCAGUAUCCAAGUCAGAUGAAGGACUCUACAAGUGUACCAACUCUGAAGGAGAAUCACCAGAGAGCUGGAUGACUGUGACAGAUCUCUCUCUUCCAGCCUCUCUGAUUGUGAGUCCUGACAGAUCUCAGUUCUUUGAAUAUGAGUCUGUUUCUCUGAGCUGUGAGGUUCAGGGGAACUCUGCUGGAUGGAGAGUGGUGAGGAACACAACGAGAGGAAUCCUUUCAGAGUGUAAUACUGACUGGGGAAAACAACAAGGGUCUUCAUGCAUCGUGUCGCUAAUACUAUCAGACAGUGGAGUGUACUGGUGUGAGUCUGGGUCUGGAGAACACAGCAAUGCUGUCAACAUCACAGUACAUGCUGCAGGUCCAACUCCCAUUCCAUCUCCAGCAGUCCCAGUGUUGUCCAUGUCUCUACCCAGACUGUUGUGUAGUCUACUGGUGGGGUCUCCCUACCUGCUGGUGACCAUCAUACUGCUGGUGAAAUACUGCAGGAGCAGGGCUCAAGGGGAAACCAGGGUACCCAGGAAGACCCACCAAGACCAAUUAGGUGAUCAUGUUGAAGAAGAGUGAGGCUGAGAUCACCUGAUCACCAUAACAACCAUCAGAAUGGAACUCAUGGAAUUCUAAUAUAGAACUGUGAGUCACAAUGCUGUAUGUUGUUACAUUGUAGCUCCACCUGAUGGAACAAUAGUGGCAUUUGAUCAAAUGUGAUCUAUUAACUGAUACAUGUAUUAUUCUGAUUGGAAUGUGUUUUAAUAUAAUGUGUGUUGUAUUAUUCAUUCAGCAGCUGUCCUUUAACAUCAGUCAUAUACUGGUCAUAUACUGUAUAGCAUUAUGGUUGAUACAUUGUAAAUGCCUUCACUUUUCAUGUCUAUACAGAUCAAAUGAUAGGUGUUGUGGUUCAGGCAUUAUUGUUACAGGUUCAGUAUAAUGUUAUACCAUUACAUGUUACAGAGUUAGAAAACAUACAGGAGAGGAGAAUUCAAUUAUUAGAAUGAUUUACUUUAUUUUCCCAUUUUGUUCUCUAUAGUAGUUUAUCAUUAUUUGAUUUAAACAUGAAACCAAUGUUGGCCUUUUAUUUUA